AUGGCGCCUCGCCCUGCAGCAGCAACCGGCAUCGCCAAGACCACCGUUGCAGCACUGCUCGUGGUCGUCGUCGUGGCCUGCCAGCUGCCGCGCGCCACCGGCGGCGGCGUGACCACGACCCAGGCCUUCGACGGGACGGCGGCCCUGGGCCUGGAGCAGUGCGCGGCGGACGAGCAGGAGCUGGCCCGGGGGAACCCCAGGUACAUCAGCUACGCCGCGCUGCGGGCCGACGCGAUCCCGUGCGACAAGCGCGGGCAGUCCUACUACACCAACUGCGGGUCGAUGCAGCAGGCCAACCCCUACAGGCGCGGCUGCUCCGCCAUCACGCGCUGCGCCCGCAACAUGAACUGA